CAUGGUAACUAGAAAUGGCGCCUGGUAAGUAGCUCGGUCUCUGAAGCGAUCACGUUAAUAUGCCGCCCGCAAUCAUCAUCAUGAAAGUCGGCAAUUCUAUUUUUUCUUUAGGCUUUCGUGUCAUGAACGUCCUCAUAUUUGUAAUGCGAAGUGCUACUGUUUGUCACGCGAUGUGCUUGAACACGUUUUCAUUUAAAGAACACGUAAGACUACUUUAAACUGUAGAAUAUUUGGAUUAAUCCAUCGUAAACUUUACAAAGCACCAAUUAGUACCAAAUGUUAAAACUUCGGUUCUUUUGACGUCCGUUUCUGUGCAGGUAAUUGAUGAAUGGGCUCGAUAAACCACAGUGAACAAAGGUGGCAAAAGGGCUCACACUCGGCACUCAAUAAGUAGAAGAAGACUGAUACGAGUAGAAGUUCUGAUACAACCCCUUUACUUAAGCAAAUGUAAAAAAGUACAGAAGUAAAAAGGAUUUUUUUUUUACCGUCAAUCAUGUACAAUACCCAUUUUUAAGAGUUGGCAUAAUGGGGGAAAAAAACCAACCUAAAAUUAUAUAAACAAUGAACACACUUUGAUGCUAACCAAAUGUGUUGCCACAGCUGUGCUGAUGUUGUGAACCAGCUAAUAAUUAUUCCCCCCAAAAAUCUAUACACAUAUAUAAUCAGAUCAAUUGAAAGUAUACACUGUGACCGUGAGAUUGGAAGCUGAAUUUAUGAAUCCCAGAAACGGAUGAUUGGAGGCUGCCGUCAAUGAAUCAACUUGGAGCUGACAGUAAAUCUCAAAUAUGGUCAUGAAUGGAGAGGAUCUCGCUUGUCCAAAGAAUUAACGCUCCCCGUUUCUGUUCCUCCGUGUCCUUACAAGACACCCGAAUCUCAAUCUCAAUCUAGUUCUUGUCUUUUUUUUAUACCUCAUUUCGUAAUCGGGAUAGGUUGAAAAAAGUCACGAGCCUAUAUUGACAAAGGAAGGAUCAGAAAGUUCAAAUGCAAAUGAGCCUGCUCAAGUACAGAAACCUGGAAAAUAUAUUUGCACUCUUGUUACUUCCCACUACCGCAAUAAAGACAAGGUUACUUUGUUGGCUUUAAAAAUAAGAAAACCAUCAAUAGCACGAGCGCCAUUGCGUAUUCCUGUAACACCAGUUAGCAUUCAUAUGCUAUUCAUGCUGUCGUAUUAACUGUGACGUCAUCAUUUCUCUCCAGGCAGCCAGCCAAUCCUGUCGUCGACUCCCCUGCAGGUGAUCCUGUACCUCAACUGCUGGUACUUUGCCGCCUUCUUCCUGGCAAGCGUCCUCAUGUUCAUCUAUAAAGGCCUUUUGCUGCCCUACCCGUCUAGCAAUCUGAUUCUGGACGUGGCGUUGUUGGUUCUCUUCCUCGGUCUGGAGAUUCUCCGGAUCUUCUACGGUUGGAAGGGCAACCUGUGCGAGCACGCGGUGACCACGGCGGUGUCUCUGUUCCUGCUCCUGCCGUGCAUCACGCUGUGCGCCUACUUCCUGCUGCUGCAAAGUUUCGUGCUGCGUCUGGAGUUCCUGCUGGGCUUGGUUCUGCUCUGCUUCUACGGCCUCCAGUUCCUGCUCAGCGUGCUGGCCCUGUCGGCCUUCGCCAGGUCCAAAGCGUACUGACGAGCGCCGAGCGUCACGUCAAAGACUUUACGUUUAAUACAAACUUGAAUUGUACGUACAAUUUUGCUACUUGUGUUACAUGUCUUCACAUUUCUACUUUUAUACAAAAAGAGCCAAUAAAGCUCCGAACAUCAUGUCAAUAAAUUAAUCAGUAGUCCUUACCAACAACCUUUUUUGUCUUGCUUCUGUU